AUGAUGGCAGGGGAGGACUUGGACCUGAGGGCUGCAGGCAGAGGAGACAUAGAGGACCUUGAGAUUGUGGAGGUGGAGACGAUCGGUGGCAAGGCCCAGGCCUGGCAAGUGGUGGAUGGCCCAAGCCAUGGCUACCCGAGGACUGAGGAUCAGGUGCCUGGACUUGCCUUUGACCGACCGAGGACGAGCUCCAUCACCUCCUGGCACAUGACAGAUGUGGAUGAAGAGGCCAUUGCGCCAAGCUCUCCACAAGUGGAGCCGACGAAUUCGAACCCCAGCGUGGAGGCAGCGAAGGAGUCAGAGGAGCAAGACCCUGCAGCCAAGAGAAAGGCCCGAAGGCGGAGGAACAGCGAGUUCUUCGACAAAGUCUUGCUUUUGCCUGCACUGAGCACCUUGAUGUCGCGGCACCACUUUGCGUCCUUCGCGCUGCCGGCGGCCUCAAGCGGCCCCGCUAUGGGCUCUACGUGA